AACUCAGAUCACAGUUAAGGCACUACCACAUACUACUACAACCAGUCAACCACCAGUCAACCCCUUGCUUACCAUCUGUUCCUUCAGAUCUCAUCACUUCUCUUCAGAAACAUGGCUGCUGAAGCUGUUUUGUCUUCCGUUCUUAGUGUUGUUUUCGACAGGAUGUCCUCCCCUGAAGUUGUUAACUGGAUCAAAGGGAAGAAGCUGACUCAGAAGCUCAUUGAAAGGUUGAAGACUAAUCUUUAUGCUGUUCGAGCCUUUCUCAUCGAUGCUGAGCAGAAGCAGAUCAAGGAGAGACCUGUCAAGGACUGGCUUGAUAGUCUCAAAGAUGCCAUGUAUGUUGCUGAUGACUUGCUCGAUGAAGUCUUCACCAAAGCUGCCACUCAGAAGGAUCCAGGUACCUUCCUCUCUCGUUUCUCUGGUAUUCUCAAUUUGCAAGAUCGGGAUGUAGCAAAGAGGAUGGAGGAAGUCAUUGAUAGGAUAGAGUCUCUUGUGAUUCAAAAAGACACUCUUGGUCUGAGAGAGAUUCCUAAGGAGAACAUGUCAUGGAGGAUCACUACAUCUCUAGUUGAAACAUCUGAUGUAUGUGGCAGGGAAGAAGACAAGGAGGCCAUAGUAAAACUCUUGUUGGAUGAUGAUAGUGAUGAUGCUACCGGUGGUCAUAGUGAUGUAUCUGUGAUUCCCAUUGUUGGCAUGGGUGGGAUAGGAAAGACUACUUUGGCCCAAUUGGUUUACCAGGAUGGCAAAGUGAAGCAGAAUUUUGAUUUUCAAGCUUGGAUUUGUGUGUCAGAAGAGUUUGAUGUUUUCAAGGUUACCAAGACUAUAAUCGAGGCAAUAACUUCAAGUUCUUGCAGCUUGACAGAUUUGAAUUUGCUUCAGCAUGAUUUAAAAGAAAAGUUGUCAAGGAAAAAGUUCUUUGUUGUCUUGGACGAUGUAUGGAGUGAAAGUUGCGAAGAUUGGGAUAAACUUCUAAAACCUUUUCGAAGAGGGGUUAAGGGAAGUAAAAUUCUCAUUACUACUAGAAGUAAAAGAGUGGCUUCUGUGGUGCAAACUGUUUCACCAUAUGAACUAAGCUUAUUGUCCGAGGAAGAUUGUUGGUUAGUGUUUUCAAGACACGCACGUCUCUCAACUGGUUCUAUGGAGAAUCCAACCUUGAGAAAAGUCGGCAAAGAUCUCGUAAAGAAGUGUGAUGGAUUGCCCUUGGCAGCUCAAUCCCUUGGAGGCUUAUUGCGUGGAAAUUCUGAUAUUAAGUAUUGGAAUCAUUUAUUGAAGAGUGAGAUCUGGGAACUCUCCGAUGAUAAGAUAAAGGUUGUUCCUGCGUUAAGAAUCAGUUAUCACUAUCUUCCUUCAUAUUUAAAGGAGUGCUUUGUUUAUUGUUCUUUGUAUCCCAAAGACUAUGAAUUUAGCAAAGAUGAAUUAAUAUUGCUAUGGAUGGCAGAGAAUUUUUUGCAACCAGCAGGAAAAAAGACUCCAGAAGAAGUUGGUGUUGAAUAUUUUGAUGAAUUGACUGCGAGAUCAUUUUUCCAACCUCAUAAGAUUCGUGAAGACAGGUUUGUGAUGCAUGAUCUGGUGCAUGAUUUGGCAAUGAUAUUUGCUGGAGAAUUCUAUUUCAGAGCUGAAGAGCUUGAGAAUGCAGUUGAGGUUGAUAUUAAAACUCGCCAUUUGUCACAUAAUGCCAAAGGCAAUUAUCCAAUCUCAAAACUUUUGGGAGUUUGUGACCGAGUAAAACACACAAGGACAUUUCUUGAAAUCAAUUUGGAGCGGGGGAUUCCAUUUAACAUGGAAAAUGCACCUUGUAUCUUGUUGUCAAAGUUGAAGUACCUGAGGGCGUUGUCGUUCAAUUUCUUUCCUCUCAAGUCAUUGCCUGAUUCAAUAGGCGAGUUGAUUCAUUUGCGUUACUUGGAUUUGUCUUGGACAGACAUCAUGACAUUGCCCGAUACACUUUGCAACUUGUACAAUUUACAGACAUUGAAGCUGGUUGGAUGUUGGAAACUAAACGCCCUUCCUGUUGGCAUGAAAGAUCUUACAAAUUUGCGUUACCUUGAUAUUAGUGGUGGGAUUGGUUUGCAUGAGAUGCCGGAAGGCAUGAGCAAAUUGACAAGUUUGCAGGUUUUAAGCAACUAUGUUGUUGGGGAGCGUAAAGGAAACAAGAUUAAUGAAUUGGGAGCACUUGCAAAUCUACACCAAACAAUUUUGAUUGACAAAUUGGAGAAUGUGGUCAAUAGCAGGGAAGCUUUGGAGGCAAGAAUGCUUGAUAAGGAUGGCAUUGAAUCUUUGAUCUUGAAGUGGUCGCCAGAUAAAUACGAGAAUAUAGUUGAUUCCCAAAUUGAAAGAGAGAUACUUGAAGAGUUACGACCUCAUAGUAAUUUGAAACAACUACAUAUUUAUUGUUACAGGGGUACAACAUUUCCAGAUUGGUUGGGACAUUGUUCUUACCACAACAUCACCCAAAUAACACUGGCUUCUUUGAAGAAUUGUUGUAUGCUUCCUUCACUUGGACAGUUGCCCUCUUUGAAGCACCUGCACAUUUCAUUUUUUGAAAGGCUUGCUAUUGUGGGGGCUGAGUUUUACCAAAAUGAUGAAUCUUGUCUGGAGACUCCAUUUCCAAUGCUUGAAACUCUUAGAUUUGAGUCAAUGCCUUGCUGGGAGGAAUGGCGUUCGUUGGAGUUGAAUUUCCUCGACUUAGGAAGCUUAUCAUAAGGGAUUGUCCCAUGUUGAGAGGAGAUUUGCCAAAUCAACUACCAUCUUUGGAAUAUCUUACUAUUCAGAAUUGCAAGCAGCUCAGUUGUUGUGUUCCAAGAGCUCCCGCGAUUACCUGUUUAUGCAUAAAAGGAAGCAAUGAAAUGAGAAUUGGGGAGCUACCUCCUUUACUGGAUAAGCUAUCAAUUAAUGGAAAGCAUCAAGCGGAGUCGGUGAUGGAGGCCAUUGCGC